AUGAAUAAUGAGAAGCCUUUAAUUUACUGGAUAGGUGAAUAUGACAUAAUUGUCACAAACACUAACCUUUCUAUGUGCAAUACGAUUUUACACACGAAAAACAAUGUGACUGCAACGACAACAAACAGCAUCAUUGUAAAUCUUCCGGAGCCGGUUGUGAAGAAUGGAUGCAAAAAAUAUAAUUUACCAACUACUAUGUAUACUAUCUCCACGUACGAGCCAUAUUACGAGAUUCAGAACUUAAUACCAUUUACAGAGUACAAGUUGAAGUUUACUAUAAGCAAUUUUUACUUUGAUCAAUUAUCAAUAAAUCCAUUCGUUUCGAAUGUGAUAAAAAUUAAUUUGAGUAAGCUUAAUGCACCAGAAAACAUAAGUGUUCUAGCUUUGGCGCCUACUAUAGCAGUAGUUCAUUGGAUGCCACUCAAAAAACUGACCUGCGUGGCCGUGACCUACGAAGUGCUUUGGAAGUCAGUUUCAUUAGUGAACGGCACGCAACACAAGAGCAAACAAUUUAUCAAUGUGCCGAAACGUGUGACAGACGGUAGAUUUUUCACAAAGAUUAAUUUGUCGCUAUUAGUACAAGAUUACUUGAUAUACGUGCGGGUGUAUCCAAGUAAUUUUAGCGAUUUCUACAACGAGAGUUUAAGCAAGAUUAAUCACAUAUAUUCAGAACCAAACAAUAUUACUUUGAGUUGGGUCAAUAUAAAUAGCAUGAACAUUUCAUGGAUUUCAAACAUUAAUCUGACGGUUCUUUCUACACUAGAGUACAAAGACAUUGUAACAGAAAAGUGGGAAACAACGAAUUAUAUUGAAAUGAAUUAUAACAAAGAAGUAAUAUAUCAUAUCGAAAAUUUACGAUCAGGAACUUUAUACCAAUUUCGCUUGAUAUUGAUAUACCUUGAAUAUGAGGAAACUUUUAUAUGGCCGUCUGAUAAAAGAUUUAUUUUUUCAACACGUGGUAGCAAACGAGAUAUUUUGGGCACUGCUGGAAUAAUACCGAAAAAAUAUUACUUCUUAUUAUUGAUGUUAAGUUUUAUCGUUAUAAUUAUUAUAAUCUGCGUCUGCUACUUUUAUCGUUUGCAUCGUCAACGCAGAAGUAAUGAUGAACAAUUUUUGUCUUCAACAAUUACUGAUAUAGAAUUGGAGAUUCUACAUGAAGUACCUUACCGAAACACUUAAUUCAAUAUUUACAGUCCUACGUUACAUUAUAAUCCGGAUGAAUGUGCGAUAACUAAAAUCGCACGUAAACAAAUUACACUAACAAAACGUCUUGGUAGCGGCGCAUCCAGAAUGGUGUUUCAAGGAAAUGUGAAGAACUUAGAAAAAUCGGGCACAGAGAUAUCCGUUGCAAUAAAAACGGUUCCAAAAGAUGCUUUUUCCUAUGAGAAAAAGAAAUUGUUAAAGGAAGCCGAGCUUAUGAAUCAUUUUCAACACAAACAUAUAUUAAGAUUGUUGGCCGUUUGUUUAGAUGGGAAUUCUCUGUUACUAGUGUUGGAAUUGAUGGAAGCUGAUCUGUUAAAAUAUUUGAGAGAUUGUCGAAAUUUACAAGCAUCAGAUUCGAAUGCUCUGCGUUUGCAGGAUUUGCUCGGCAUGUGCGAAGAUGUUGCACGAGGCUGUUGCUACUUGGAAGAAUUGCGUUACGUACAUAGAGAUCUAGCGUGUCGAAAUUACUUAGUAUCCGCGAGAAAUCGCGAGAAUUGUGUCAUCAAAAUUGGAGAUUUUGGAUUAGCUAGAGAGAUCUACAAGAAUGAUUAUUAUCGCGUG